AUGCUUGAGACCCAGGUGCCACUCGAAUGGGCCCUCCCCCUGUACGGGUACCUAAUGCCGCUGGUGGUCGCGCUGACGGUGGCCACGAAUUCGUUCAUCGUCGUCGUACUAUCACACAAAUACCUGAGGACACCAACGAAUUUCGUGCUGUUGGCUAUGGCUGUUUCAGAGCUGCUCACCGGCGUCUGUUGUAUCCCGUGGUUUUUGUACUACUACACCUUCGGAGGCUACCACACUGACGCCGAGUCGGGCCUACCCUCAAUUUGGUGCCAACUCAUUCCAUUCAUGGCCUCAUUCUUCCCCUCCAUCUUUCACGCGACGGCUAUCUACCUUACCGUAUACCUGGCCAUCCAGCGCUACGUCUACAUUUGCAUACCGACCCUUGUGAGGCGGUUUUGCACGAUCAAAUAUAGUAAGAAGGUCCUGAUAUUCAUCUGGAUCUUCUCGACCUUGAUCUAUGCUCCAGAGGCGUUAGCAAAUUACCACCAAUCAAAAGUCGUCAAGAACAUCUUUACAGGGCAGAUAUCUCGCCAAUGCUACCGUACACAGUCAGGAUUCUUGCUGUGGAUCGGCCCGAAUUUGUAUUACAAGGUUUUCUACACGAUCCAAACCGUACUCGUCCACUCGGGUCCCUGCUUACUUCUUGUAAUUUUUACGUGGAAGCUGGUUUCGGCGAUUCGAGAAGCUGACAAGCGGCAUUUGCAUUUGAUGAAAAAAGUCCCCAACCAUCGAAAACAAGACGACGAGGUAUCGAUCGAUUGUGGCAGCAUGACGAUAUCAGUCGGAAAUAUGUCAUCUGGCAAUGAGAAGCGGAGGGACUACAGCAGUUUUCGAUCGACACUAGCUACGGACAGCCUGGUGCGGAAAAUGUCAAAAAUCUACAAGAAAAACAGCAACGAGCCGAAACGGGUACAGGGCUUGAAGCAGAACACUCGAAUGUUGGUCGUGGUCAUCUUGCUCUUCUUGGUCACCGAAAUCCCGGCCGCGAUGAUCUUCACAGUCCACGUGCUUUCCGUUUCUUUCCGGCUCGGCCACACAAACUAUCAAAUGCUGAAUACGUCGCUUAUUAUUAGGAAUGUUCUAAUUGUCAUCUCGUACCCCUUCCGAUUUGCCAUCUACUGCGGGAUGUCGCAGCAGUUUAGAGAGGUGCCUUGGAAACGAGUUGCCUCAACGAGACUCGAAGAUCGCCGUCCUCGUCCAGCUACAAUGGCCUGUUGUACACCCAGUAGUGGCAUGUGGCACAUCCAUUUUCUAAAUACUGCCCUCGCUACCGUAUCCACCCCACAAUCAACCAACCACACGAAAACUUCACCCCAUUGCCUCAGGUCGUUCGCUCUGUCAGCGAAUAACUCGGAUGCAUGUCUUGUGAUUAGAGGUACAAAAGACACGGGUGUUCAAUGUUCGAUGGACAGUCGGCUGGUUUUUGACCCGCUAUUUGACGACAUGCAGCACUUGGUGGAUUCGGAUUCUGAAGACAGCCACCCGAUCCACGACUCCAAAAAAAGCACGCGGGGCACGCAGUGCUCCGCAAAAAUCGACAAAAACAUGUUCGUGCGGCGGAAGAGCUCGUUGGUGGCGACAGCUCUGAUUGACGUUACUACUGGGUGCCAUGUUCCUGUUGUCAUAUCGAUUGCUACU